AUGGCACCGGCAAGCACCGUUGACCUGGACCUAGAGUCCAAGGGUGGCAAACAAGAGAAAGCGCCAAUCAUAAGGACUGUCUGGCCUCCCCUGGAUCUUGAGGAGCAUCCUAUCGAUGAAUACCCACGCCUGCGAGUUGUCGUGAUCGGGGCCGGGAUCAGUGGCAUCACCGCUGGCGUUUUGCUGCCUCCCAAAGUGCCAGCGCUUGAUCUGGUCAUUUAUGAAAGAAACAGUGACAUUGGCGGAGUGUGGCACACAAACGUCUAUCCCGGCGUCCGAUGCGAUGUCCCGGCUCACGCUUACCAGGCAACAUUUGCGCCCUCGACAUCAUGGACGGAGGCGUAUGCGCAGGGCGCUGAGAUCAAUGAGUACUGGAACAAAGUUGCCGAUGAUUUCGGGGUGCGCCAAUAUGUUCGCCUCGAGCAUAGCGUUCAAUUCGCCGAAUGGUCCGAGGAAAAGGGGAAGUGGCUCGUUCGUGUCAAGGCCAAGCAUGGAGAAUUCAUCGAUGAGGCCAACUUUGUCCUCACAGCUACAGGCCACUUUAGCGAUCCAAAGCUCCCCAAUUACCCCGGCAUGGACAUAUUCAAAGGCGACAUGUUCCACACGUCAGAUUGGAAGAGAGGCUUCGACCCAAGCAAUAAGCGCAUUGCCGUCAUUGGCAACGGCGCAUCAGGGUUGCAGGUGCUACCGCACUUGCAGAAGGCGGCAAAGCAUCUCGACCACUAUGCGAGAAACAAGACCUGGGUCGCUGCUCCGAUCGGCGGAGAGACACUGGCUGAUUAUGUGGCUGAGGGGAUUGAGCAGGCCCGGAAGAGUCCCGAAGACUAUCUGAAGUUCCGGAAAGGGCUCGAGGGGAAGCUUUUCAGCCGGUUUGGCGGUAUAUUCAAGGGCAGUGACAAGAAUGCCGCCACCGAGGAAAGCAUCCGCAAGCUCAUGGCAGGGCGACUUGCUGCUAAACCUGAGCUGAUUGAUCAGAUUGUGCCUGAGUUUUCACCAAACUGCCGUCGCUUAACGCCUGGUCCGGGGUAUUUGGAAGCCUUGACUGCUGAAAACGUUUCAUACGUUACAAAACCAAUCUCUGUAUUCACGGAAACCGGUAUACGCACCGUAGAUGGCAUUCACCGGGAGGUUGAUGCAGUAGUUUGCAGCACUGGACAUGAUAUUUCGUUCAGUACUCAAUUCCCAGUCAUUUGCAAUGGUGUCGACCUCCAAAGUGCAUGGCGUCCAGGAGGCACUCCCGGCUUCCCAGACUCCUACCUAGGCCUUGCAGCACCGGGCUUCCCUAACUUCCUAACCAUUGUUGGACCAAACUCUACUGGGCCUGCCGGCACUCUUUGUCACUCGGUAGAGAUCCAGAUCACCUAUAUUGCCAAGGUGCUACGCAAAGCUGUGACGCAGGGCAUCCGGAGUCUAGCGCCUACGCAAGCUGCCACAGACGAUUUCAGGGCGUAUUGCGAAGCCUUCUUCCCAAGAACAGUCAUGAGCGAGUACUGUAGCUCUUGGUAUAACGGGGGUAUCAAAGGUGGUCGAAUCACAGGGAUCUGGCCUGGCAGUGCCGGCCAUGUAGCGAUUGUUCGAAAAGAUCCCAGAUGGGAGGACUUCGAGUUUACGUAUCACAAUGGCCAGGGCAAUAGAUUUGCCUGGCUCGGAAAUGGGUGGACGCGGAGAGAUGUGCUGGCUGCGGAUGGGCCAGAUGAUACUGAGACGGAUCUGACUCCCUGGCUUCGAGCUGAGGCGAUUGAUCGGAACAUAGAUCUGCGAGAGUACCAUGAGAGUUGGUGGGUAAGGUAG